CUAUACUUUACAGAAGCAGUAUUAAUUUAUUAAUAAGAUAUAUACUUGGUUGGUGGUAGUGUCGAUGGCCGCAGAGGGCCGGAGCGAGCGGCGCGCGCGCGACGUGGCCGCGUUUGCUCUAGCUCAUCGAAAUGACCGAGAUGACUACGAUCCACACUUGCAUCGAGAACUGCAAAACCCCACAACCGACCUGGAGUCCCUGGUGCACAUCCUACGGCUGGGGCUAGGUACGGGCAUUCUCGCCAUGCCGCAGGCGUUCGCGCGAGCCGGCGUCGCCACCGGCGUCGUCGCCACAGUCAUCGUCGCCGUAGUCGUCACGCACUGCCUGCAGGUCUUGAUCCGGGCGCAGUACGACGUGUGCAAGAUGCGUCGCGUGGCCAUGGUCCCGUACCCGGAGGCGGCGCGCAUCGCACUGGAGCAGGGCCCACGCGCGCUGCGCCCGCUGGGCAAGCCUACGCCCGCCGCCAUCGACUUCUUCUUGGUCACCUACCAGCUAGGCGUGUGCUGUUGCUACAUAGUUUUUAUGGCUAACAGUUGUAAAAAGGAAGCUGUCGGAACCGGGCAUAAGUGA